UAGUUGAGGUGCUACAUAGGAGAGAGAUAUGCUAAAUACACACACAUGCAUAUAGCGUGUGCGCUCGCGUGACUAUUCACGAAACGUACGCGAUUGAUAUGCGACUUGAGACGCUUGGCGCGCCGCCAGCCUUCCUUGUAUUUUUUUUCUAGUUGCUAGUCUUAUGCCAAUGAUCUUAUACACCUUUUAACACCGACGCCAUAUUGGUGCCCGGAGGCGAGCGGCGAGGAGCACCAGCCACAACGAGAUGGAAGGGGUGGUGCUGGAGGUGGAGGACAUCGCCAAGGCGGCGCUGUACCUGGCGUUCGACGACUCCAAGCGAGCGGCGAGGAGCACCGGCCACAACGAGAUGGAAGGGGUGGUGCUGGAGGUGGAGGACAUCGCCAAGGCGGCGCUGUACCUGGCGUCCGACGACUCCAAGUACGUCAACGGCCACAACCUCGUCGUCGACGGCGGGUUCACGGCGGGGAAGGCACCCAACAUGCCGGCACCGGCACAAUGAAGGGACACAAUUAGAGUCAGCGUAUUGCUCUACCGGAACAAAUCUGUUUAUUUCUUUUCUUUUCUUGCGGGUGAAAUCUGUUUAUUUCUUCAGCAUUGCCAAAGAAAACCUUCGUGAUGAAUGAACUGUAUCACUUCAAAAAUAUAUCUCGUAGACUUUUUUAAAUUUUGCAAGGGAAUUGGACGUUGACUUA